CACAAGGGGCGGCCCGUGUGCUGGGCCGGGAGCAGGUGUGGCGAAGGACAGAGCUGUGAACACUGGCAUGGAGACGCCAGGGUUCUCGGUCACACCCAGUUCCAGCACUGAGCAUGCUGUGGAGACAAAGGAAAGAGGAGGGUCGCUUCACUGGAGAGCCUGGCAGUUAGCCAAGAUUGUACCACUGCAUUAUAGCCUGGGUGACAGGGCAGGACUCCAUCUUGAAAAAGAAACAAUGAAGGAAAACCACUGGAUGGAAAUCUGUCCCAAGCCAGCACCCUGUGAACCCUGAAGAUAACCCAUACGUAUCACACCCAGUGUGCAAGUGAUUGUUCUGGCACCAUGCCCAGUAAGUUGCUAAAAUGAGACGUCGUACUGUUUUUUAAUGUUAAAAAUGCAUGAAGGAAGAGUGAGAGGAUUUAGCAAGUAUGAAUGAGGAAUACUAAGUGGAAUUUGAAUUCAGGAUAAACAUGAUGGCCAAAAAAUGAGCAAACGGAAAAAGAAUUAUCCAGAUCCAGUUUCCAAUUAUCCAGAAGUAUGGUGCUGAUGCGCUCAGGAAGAAGAAAUAGAACUUCUCUACAGUGAGAACACAGUUAGAAAAAGCCCCAGCAUUACAGACCAGUGGAUCCUGUCCUUGAUGCAGUCUCUCACUGGCUUCUUUGAGACUGAAAUGGCAGAUGCUGCUCAUUCAUUCUAUCUUGACCUUCAGUGUCUUAUCUGCAAAAUGCCCAGUACUGUUUGUAAGGCAGCAGAGAUGAUUUACAUGAAGCACCUGGCAGAUAAUAGGCUUUACACUGUGGUGCCUCACAUUGUCAAGUUUGUACAUAUUCUCACCAGUUGGUAUGUUAGAAUGAACCGCAGAAGAUUAAAGGGUGAAAAUGGGGUGGAAGAUUGUGUCACUGCCCUAGAAACCUUGUUUAGUGUUCUGCUUUCUCUUUGCAGACUUAGGGCUCCCUACAUGCCUUUUCUCACUGAAUUGAUGUACCAGAAUCUAAAGGUGCUGAUUGACCCUGUUUCUGUUCAAGACAAGGACACAGUCAGCAUCCACUACCUCAUGCUGCCCCGUGUUCGAAAACAGAUUGCAGUAUCUCGGAUGCAGUCUGUGAUUGAACUUGAACGAGUGAUCAGAGACCUCAAAACUAUUCCCAUAAAGUAUCCUUUGAAAGAAAUUGUGGUUAUCCAUCAAGAUCCAGAAGCUCUUAAAGAUACCAAGUCUUUGGAGAAGUAUGUCAUUGAGAGUCUCAUUCUGUCACCCUGGCUGGAGUGCAGUGAUGUGAUCUUGGCUCACUACAACCUCCAUCUCCUGGGCUCGGGCACUCCUCACACCUCAGUCUCCCAAAUAGCUGAGAUUAGGCAUAGUAGUACAGGCUUUUGUACAGAUGGGGUUUUACCAUGUUACCCAGGCCAGUCUCUAACUCCUGAGCUCAAGCAAUCCUCCUACCUCAGCCUCCUGAAGUGCUGGGAUUACAGGAAUUGAAUGUUCGAAAAGUUACACUGUCUGCAGAUAAAAACAAGUAUGGCAUUUGGCUGAGGGCAGAACCAGAUCACAUGGUCCUGGGGAAGCGUCUGAAGGGAGACUUUAAGGCAGUGAUGACGUCCA